AUGGGUUGGCAGAUGACUUGGCACGCUCGUUCCAGAUCAAUCUGUAGAGGCAAAUUCUUUGUUGGUCCUCGGCAUCACCGUCCUCUUACGAUCUGUAUAGCUACCAUAAUUUUAGCUGGACUAAUUGGUUGGAUAUAAAUGAGCACUCUGCUAAGUAAAGAUUUUGACUCCCUCUUUUUAUUUGGCGUAUACCUGUUAACAACUAGUCUUACUCUCUUCUUUUUCCUUUCCACAACCUAUUCAGACCCUGGAGUGCUUUUCAGGCACAAGGACUAUGAGUACUUCAAGCAAUAAUACGAUGAAAGAAAGGCUUAGCAAAGACAACUUAGGCAAGAGCUAAAUUUAGACUCAAGUUCAAGCGAGUCAUCCGACUCUGAUUUAAGUCUAUAUGAUGAUAAAAGUAGCAUGAAUAAAAGCAAUGCUUCUGCAAAGUAGUUAUUUAUGGAAAAAACCCGAGAAUUUACAUAAGGAAAUGAUAGCGAUGAGGAUAACAGUCCGCUAGAUUUUUACCCAUCUUCAGGAAACAACGUAGAUAUGGCAGUUGAUGGUACUGGUGGCUCGCAAUAUAACUUCGAAGAUGAGAAUGAAAAAAGAGCUUAGAUUCCGAGAAUCUAUAGAUCUAGAUUCUGCAAUACUUGCUAUAUAUUUAGACCUCCUCUAUCAUCUCACUGCAGAUAUUGUGAUCAGUGCGUUCUUCACUUUGAUCAUCACUGCUACUUAGUUAAUAACUGCAUUGGCAGAAGGAAUUUCAAGCACUUCGUACUCUUUGUAAACAAUUCUCUCAUAAGUAGUAUUAUCUUUAUUUACUGCUAUAACACCAGAUUUAUCCCUCAAUGGUGCUUUGAAAAUGAAAAUUUCAGAUCAAGUCCUGAUAAAUUCGAUGCUAUUUUGCUCUACUCCCAUCUCAUAUUGAUUGUGGUAGCAAUGAUUGAAAUAGUUGUUAGCAAGCUUAGGAUGAUCUCUUUUUGUAUGGCAUUGCUUUAUGUGAUAUUAUUGAACAACACAUUAUUUGAUAAAGUAUUUAACCAGAAUUUGGGGAUAAUUAUUUUAUAUGCGAUACAAUGCUAUGCUUUUGGCUCUAGCUUAGGAUAUUCAAUGCAGUAUUUAUAUCUUAAUUAUCUUGGAUAAACUAUGAAGGAAUUCCAAGCACUAAAGGAUUCUUCUACCAAGAGAAGAUUAUGCAUUAACCCAAUUACUGGCUUCAAAAAUCUAUUGUCUUUUUACUUCGACUGUGAUUCCCCUGAGAGCGAAUUUCAGAAAGAGUUUGCCAGGCCAGUGACUAUUCUAAGCAAGAAGCAGCUUAACUAGGACAGCACUCUAUUUUUUGCUAAGGAAGUGGAUGAAAGCUAAUGA